AGCGAAGUACAGCCCCCUCCUUAUCUCCUAGGCUCCAAGCCCAGGCGCCCUUAUCCUAACCGCUCGCCGCACUCGGUCUACGAACGACCCCGAGAUCCAGCGCAACGGACGGCUCUCCGAGCAGCCGCACGAGAAACCGGGUCCAGGGGGCAGGGCCUGGAGGAUAACCUCGCCACGCCAGCACGCCACGCGGCCAGGCCCAGUGUGCGAGGACGAGGACGACGCGGGCGCACGCAGCAGCAAGCUCUGACCCUGAAAGCUGAAACCGCUCCACGCCCUCCCCCUCCGCGCAGAGCCAGCCAAGCCAACCAGCCAGUCAGAAGAGGAACCGGGGAGCGGCAGCUGCAGCGGCCGAGGGCGGAGCACGCGAGGCAUGGAUAGAUACCAAAGGGUAGAGAAGCCUCGGAAUGACACGCCAAUCAGCCAGAAUGAGAUCAGAAUCACUACUCAGGGGAGGAUGAGGAACUAUAUCAGCUAUGGGAUGUCGCUGCUUGAGGAAAAUGGACAUGAUGAGAUUAGUAUCAAGGCCAUGGGACGGGCCAUAAAUAAGACAGUUAUGGUUGUUGAAUUGAUCAAGAGAAGGGUUGGAGGUCUUCAUCAGAACACUGCUACUGAAUCUGUUGAUAUCACAGACACAUGGGAACCUUUGGAAGAAGGCCUUCUCCCACUAGAGACAACUCGCCAUGUGUCGAUGAUCACUGUGACACUGUCAAAGAACCCUCUGGAUACAUCAUCUCCAGGAUACCAGCCACCUAUCCCAGCUGAAGAGGUGAAACCUGCUUUUGACUAUGAUCAUGAAGAAUCGUAUCCCACUGGUCGUGGAAGAGGACGUGGUGGUGGCAGAAGAGGCAGGGGAAGAGGCAUGAGCAAUGGCCCCCCUCCACCUGCUUAUGGUUACAACGAAGAGUGGGAGGAGGAAGGAGAUUAUUAUAACAGAGGGCGCGGGAGAGGGCGGCUACGUGGACGAGGUGGGAGAGGGCGUGGUGGCUACUACGGAGGUGGGAGGCGUGGUGGCUACGGUUAUGAUUAUGGCUAUGCCCCCAGAGGCGGGUACUAUGAAGAGCAAGACGAAUACUAUGAUGAGCCCGAGGAAUAUGCUCCUCCCCCUGGCCGCGGACGUGGCAGAGGGAGAAGGGGCGGCAUGCCUUGGCGUGGGCGUGGAGGCCGCGGGCCACCGCGCGGUGGCCGAGGGAGCUACUACUAGGCGCGAGAAAUGCGACGUGCCGAAUGCGUGUGCUUAUUAGUUAUCUGUUAGCGUUUGCUGCAGUGCUCUUCUAUGGAGCUCCGACCCCGGACUGGAAUUAUCUCGUAGGCCCUUCCAGGUGCUACUCUACUUCAGCUGCUGUCCCUGUGCAACUCGUCCGGGCAAGUUUUGUGGCUCGCUCGUGGUUUUGUAGCUAGGUUAAGCGAGUGAAGUUACACUCGGUAGCGCAGUAUUUCCUGCGAGAUUGUUUAUUCUUCUGUUAAUGUACCUACCUUACUAUUUCGUUUGGAUUAUGGAUACUGGGUGCAUCCGUUUCAUGUUUA